AUGGGUGUUGUUGCUGGGGAACAGGCCUUCCCAGUGCUUCUCAUAGGCCAUGUGCAGAAAAGAGUGCCACUAUUAAUCCCACUAUUAGUGAUCCUGGGGAUAGGCACAGCAAUUGGGAUAGGGGUUGUUGACCUAGCUCAGUCUACAGUGCAGUUUAAGCAGCUGUCAGAAGAGUUCCAACAUAGCCUAGGUCAGAUCAACCAGACUUUGGUCAAAGUGCAAGACCAGAUAGACUCUUUGGCAGCAGUAGUCUUGCAAAAUCGACAGGCCCUGGACCUCCUGACAGCUGAGAAAGGUAUCACUACUCUGGAUUUAACAGACAUCAUGAAAGGCAGAAAUAAUAGUAUCCUGGAGAGCUCAAGAAGUCUUUAUUCCAGUAUCUCUCGGAGCAUGGAUCUAUCAUACAGUGAAACUGAUUUGGCACACUUUAUUCAAGAGAACUUUAAGAAGAGAGAGUGUGUGUUUUUCACUAAAGAUGCCAAGUCCAAUGACAACCAAUGUAAAUGUGGAUAUUUGAAAUCACAACACGUGGAAGAGAUGCAGAUUAACGAUAAUGAGAAAUGGAAUUAUAAGAAACAUACUAAAGAAUUCCCAACUGAUGCUUUUGGAGACAUUAAAUUUGAAAAUUUGGGUAAGACAGGAAAGUACAUUCGUCUGUCAUGUGACACAGACUCUGAAACCCUCUAUGACCUAAUGACACAACAAUGGCAUCUAAAAACACCCAACCUCAUCAUCUCUGUCACAGGUGGAGCAAAAAAUUUUGCUUUAAAGCCACGCAUACGUAAAAUUGUCAGCCGGUUGAUUUAUAUUGCACAGUCCAAAGGAGCCUGGAUAUUCACUGGAGGUACCCAUUAUGGACUGAUGAAGUAUAUUGGAGAAGUAGUGCGAGAUAAUACUAUCAGUAGGAACUCGGAAGAGAACGUGAUUGCUAUUGGCAUAGCUCCUUGGGGCAUGGUAUCUAAUCGUGAGAAUCUUAUCAGAACUUGUGAUACUGAGACAUACUAUUCAGCAAGCUACAUCAUGGAUGAUCAGAAAAAGGACCUUUUAUACUGUUUAGAUAAUAACCAUACUCAUCUAAUUUUGGUGGAUAAUGGAACUCAUGGGUGUCAAGGCACAGAGACAAAGUUACGCACCCAGUUAGAAAAAUAUAUUUCAGAAUGCAUUAUUCCAGAUUCUAAUUAUGGUGGAAAGAUUCCAAUUGUAUGCUUUGCCCAAGGAGGAGGAAAAGAAACUCUGAAAGCAAUUAACACUGCCAUCAAGAACAAAAUUCCCUGUGUCGUGGUGGAAGGUUCUGGUCAGAUAGCAGAUGUGAUUGCAAGCUUGACAGAGGCAGAAAGCACAUUUACUUCCUCAUCUGUUAAAGAGAGAUUGCUCAGAUAUUUGCCUCGCACACUUUCUAGACUCAAUGAAGAGGAGAUUGAGAGUUGGAUCAAAUGUAUCAAAGAAAUACUUGAAAAUCCUCAUCUGCUAACAGUCAUCAAAAUUGAAGAUGCUGGAGAUGAAAUUGUGAGCAAUGCCAUUUCAUAUGCUCUUUUUAAAGCUUUCAGCACAAAUGAAGAAGAUAAAGAUGACUGGAAUGGUCAACUGAAAUUGCUUUUGGAAUGGAAUCAAUUGGACAUAGCCAGUGAAGAGAUUUUUACCAAUGAUCGACGUUGGGAGUCUGCUGAUCUUCAGGAUGUCAUGUUUAUAGCCCUGGUAAAGGACAGACCAAAAUUUGUUCGUCUCUUUCUUGAAAAUGGGUUGAAUCUAAGGAAGUUCCUCACUCAUGAAGUUUUAACAGAGCUCUAUGCAAAGAACUUCAGCAAUCUGGUAUUUAAAAAUCUACAAAUUGCUAAGAACUCCUACAGUGAUGCUCUUCUUACUUUUGUAUGGAAGAUGGUAGAGGAUUUCAGAAAAGGCAUAAAAAAAGAAGACAAAAAUGGCAAAGAUGACAUAGAGAUACAGCUGCUGGAUGGAUCUCUUGUUACGAGGCACCCUUUGCAAGCUCUCUUUAUUUGGGCUAUCCUUCAAAACAAAAAGGAACUAUCCACUGUAAUUUGGGAACAGACAAGAGGCUGCACAUUGGCAGCACUAGGGGCCAGCAAGCUUCUGAAAAGCUUAGCUAAGGUAAAAAAUGAUAUUAAUGCUGCUGGAGAAUCAGAAGAGUUGGCAAAUGAAUAUGAAACAAGAGCUGUAGAAUUGUUCACAGAAUGUUACAGCAGUGAUGAAGAUCUGGCAGAACAGUUACUUAUUUAUUCCUGUGAAGCAUGGGGUGGAAACAGUUGUCUAGAACUUGCGAUAGAAGCUAAGGAUCAACAAUUCAUUGCUCAACCAGGAGUCCAGAAUUUUAUUUCCAAACAAUGGUAUGGGGAAAUUUCAAGAGACACCAAAAAUUGGAAGAUCAUUCUGUGCCUUUUCCUUUUCCCUUUAAUAGGAUGUGGCUUCAUUUCCUUCAGGAAAAAGCCAAUAGAAAGGAGCAAAAAGUUGGUCUUUUACUAUGCGUGGUUCUUCACUUCACCAUUUGUGGUCUUCUCUUGGACUGUUGUGUUCUACAUUGCCUUUCUCCUUCUGUUUGCCUAUGUCCUGCUGAUGGAUUUCCAAAAAGAACCUACCAUGCUGGAACUGAUGCUCUAUGUGCUGGUUUUCAUCCUGCUUUGUGAUGAAGUGAGACAAUGGUAUAUGAAUGGGAGUAAAUACUUUUCUGACUUAUGGAAUGUUAUGGACACCCUUGGAAUUUUCUACUUCAUAUCAGGAAUUGUGUUCAGGCUGAAUUCUUCAAAUGAAACUUCUUGGUAUUCUGGCAGAGUAAUUUUUUGUCUGGAUUACAUUAUUUUUACUCUAAGAUUAAUCCAUAUUUUCACAGUAAGCAGAAAUCUUGGCCCCAAGAUAAUUAUGCUUCAGAGGAUGAUGAUAGAUGUCUUUUUCUUCUUGUUCCUCUUUGCGGUGUGGAUGGUGGCUUUUGGUGUAGCCAGACAAGGGAUCCUACGAAAAAAUGAACAGCGUUGGGAAUGGAUAUUCCGAUCAGUCAUCUAUGAGCCUUAUCUUGCAAUGUUUGGUCAUUAUCCUUCUGAUAUUGAUGCGACUACAUAUGAUUUUGAUAGCUGUACCUUCCUUGGAAAUGAAUCCAAGCCUCUGUGUGUAGAAGUGGAUUCCAACAACCUCCCUCGUUUCCCUGAGUGGAUUACUAUUCCAUUAGUGUGCAUCUACAUGCUGUCCACCAAUAUCCUCUUAGUUAAUUUAUUAAUAGCCAUGUUUGGAUAUACUGUUGGAUCAGUUCAGGAGAAUAAUGAUCAAGUAUGGAAGUUCCAGCGCUACUUCUUGGUUCAAGAGUACUGUAGCCGAUUAGCUAUACCAUUUCCAUUUGUCAUCUUUGCCUAUAUCUACAUGGUGAUGAGGAAACUUUUAAAAUGCUGUUGUAAAAAUGAAUAUAGAGAUUCAUCCACUUGCUGUUCAAGAAAUGAAGAUAAUGAAACUUUGGCAUGGGAAGCUGUCAUGAAAGAAAAUUACCUUGUCAAAAUCAACAUCAAGCCCAGAGACUCAUCUGAAGGAAUGGCCCAACAAUUUAGACGACUGGAAACUAAGCACUGCCACUACAGCCACAUCACUGGCAUCUGA